AUGGGGAAUCCUGGUGCAUUUCAUCCUUCUAUUACCCUACAAGCCUUUACUGUCUUCUCCUUCGUUGCAGUUUUUGCAGCACAUCAUAUCCAGGGAGGAGAAGAUGGGUGCCCACCUUUCUCCUGUGGGCAUCUCCAAGACAUUCGACCUCCUUUCCGUCGGCGAGGUGAUCCUCUUGAGUGCGGCGUUGAAGCAUACGAGCUGGGUUGCACCAGUAGCAAGGCUACAAUUCACAUCAACACAGGAACAUACUAUGUGACUGCCAUCAACAGUUCCAGUUCCUACUUCUGGGUCAUGGACCCCAACUUCAAUACCAAUAGCAGCUGCCCUCUUCCACUGUGGAAUCACGUUCCUUAUUCAGGACGAGGUGGCAAAAUUGAUUCAGAUUCACCUGGAUUUUUUGAUUUGGUCACUCGAAGCCCCUACGCAGCAUGUUUUGCUAAUUGUUCGAGAGCAAUAACAAAUAAUAGUGCAUACAAGCCCGUUGCUUGCCUGAGUGCCAACAAUUCACAUGUUUAUGUCUGGGUGUCUGAUCGUGAUACUGGGUCUGGGUACUGUAUGGUUGAAGAUCUUGAACCUUAUUGUGGAUACUUGGCUAUGAUUCCAUUUGGUGAUUGGAAUUUUUUUGAUUGGUCACAGCUACAGAAUGCAAGUUAUGUAGAUAUCACACGAUUCAUAAGUAAGGGGUUUACUGUCCUAUUUCCUACGGAUUUCAGUUCAUAUGACAAAGAGAAUUUUGCCUCAUACGUCAAUAUAUGCCGCAACAAUUCAACCAGCUACUUCAAAGAGCAAGUAUCUGGUGCAAACAUCAUCAAUUGGGCCUGUGCUUUUCUUUGGAGCGAAGUGCACUUCGUAGAAUGCAUGACCCAGUACUCUAGAGAUCGCAGCUACAGAACAAAUUUGAUUUUGGUUGUAACCAUAGUAUCUGGUAUUGCUAUCGCCAAGUUCUUUUUCGUAUUAUGCAGAUUCUUGUUGGCGCCCCUAGCUGUAUGGAUAUUCCUAGCCUACAAGUACUGGAAAACAAGGAUCAUAAUUGAUGCAGUUGAGAAGUUCCUCAGGAUUCAACAAAUGAUUGGCCCGACAAGGUAUGCCUACACAGAUGUAGUUGCAGUCACAAGCCAUUUCAGAGAUAAAUUGGGCCAAGGGGGCUAUGGCUCGGUGUACAAGGGUGUGCUACUUCCAGGCAGUGUCCAUGUCGCCGUGAAGAUGCUAGAGGGCAACUCAAACUGCAAUGGAGAAGAUUUCAUCAGCGAGGUCUCCACCAUCGGCAGGAUCCACCACGUCAAUGUGGUGCGUUUAGUGGGGUUCUGCUCGGAGGAAAUGAGAAGGGCCUUAGUCUACGAGUACAUGCCCCACGGUUCACUUGACAAGUACAUCUUCUCUACUGAGAAGAGCUUCUCAUGGGACAAGCUCAACGAGAUCGCUCUGGGCAUUGCCAGGGGGAUCAACUACUUACAUCAGGGGUGUGACAUGCAGAUUCUGCACUUUGACAUCAAGCCGCACAACAUCCUUCUUGACAGCAAUUUUGUCCCAAAGGUCGCUGAUUUCAGGCUCGCCAAACUGUACCCGAGGGGUGACAGUUUUGUGCCACUGAGCGCUAUGCGGGGAACCGUCGGCUACAUAGCCCCCGAGAUGAUAUCCCGGAGCUUCGGUGUCAUAUCCAGCAAGUCCGACGUGUACAGCUUCGGGAUGCUGCUGCUGGAGAUGGCUGGCGGGCGAAGGAACGCCGACCCAAACGCGGGGACCUCAAGCCAGGCGUACUACCCGUCAUGGGUUUACGACAGGCUGACCCGGGAAGAAGCGGGCGAGGAGAUAUCACCUGUUGCUGCUGACAUGCAUGAGCUGGAGAAGAAGCUUUGCGUUGUCGGGUUAUGGUGUAUUCAGAUGAGGUCUUCCGAUCGGCCAACGAUGGGCGAGGUGAUUGAGAUUCUGGAGGCUGGGGCUGACGGCCUGCAGAUGCCUUCGAGGCCAUUUUUCUGUGAUGAAGGGCACAUACAUGUGGAGGACUCUUACCAUUUCACUUCGGAGCUGACGGCGGUCUCAGAGGAAGAAUUGAUCACGGUGUCGGAGGAGGAAGACGAUGUGUGA